CUCUCUGCCCGUGUUCCUCCGGCGCCCGUUGAAUCCAGCACGUGGCAUCAAAGGGAAGAUAUACAGCGGGGUGGUCGCCUGUUCCCGGCCAAACGGCGACGACCCUCGCUCGUCGUCGCUCGUUCUCGCGCGCGAUUUCGAGAAAUCCGCGCUCUCGCACGGAAGAGACGCGAGAGUUGUCAUUUGUCGGCCGCUACCUGUUAGCCCGGUUUCAGCGCCGCGACACGCACCGCCGCCAACCGGCAGAGACAGAGGAAUUAUUCAACGACCGUGCGACGUGCCAGCAACUUCCGUCGUCGUCGUCGUCGUCGUCGUCGUGUAUCGCGUGAAUUUAUCAUGCCACGGUGAAACAGCCAAGACAUAUCGCCGAUAGACACGAAUCUCUCAGUGUAUCUACGUACUCGACGCUAUGUUCGGGAGAACCGCGACGGGCUGCAAUGGUUGAUACCGUUUUCACCGCGAGUUAUGGGACCAUCUUUGGGUGUUUCAGAUGCAUCAUGGUCGUCAUGAGGCCGCGAAACAGGCUCGCGAAACAGGAGUUCGACACCUGAGCAACGACGUGUUCGCCGAGUUCUGCUCCGAAACCAUCUUCAAAGGCGAACAAACCACCAGGCAGGGGGAAGAGGAAUGGUCCCUUGGGCCUUUGGCGUGCCUCUUGUCCUCGUUUCUGCUCUGGGUCUUAUUCUCAACGGUUACGUGCUCCUCGUGGUUCUUGGACUUGGCAAACAGACGCAGCAGCAACAAACUGCCAAUACUUUGUUGCUGAUACACUUGGGCGCAGUGGAGGCCGCUGUGUGCCUGAUAUUACUGAUCUUUACUACUGGUUCCUGGCCGAUCGCCGGCACCUGGUGCGUUCUCCACGGUUUUCUCCUCACGCUUUUACAUCCCGUCGCCCUUUGGACUGUCACUGGACUAAACUGUGACAGAUAUUACGCGAUCGCUGCACCGCUGCAUUACGCCGCAUUAGUAUCACCUCGACGCGUUGCAGUUGGCCUAGCUGCAUCUUGGACAGGGGCUCUGUUUUUCUGCGUGCUGCCCUUCUGGGGCUUGGUACCGCCUUACAGAUACAGUCCGGGAUUGGGCUGCUGCGCGCCGGAUUUCGGCAACGACUCCUGGGGCUUGGCGGCGGCUCUCUACGGGGUGGUUUACGCGAUUCUGGGCCUGGCAUUGCCCGCCAUCCUUGUAACUGUCUGCAAUCUGCGUGUGCUCGGCAUCGCCCGUUACCACCGGCAUCGCAUCGCCAGCGCAAUUUACGAAGUCACGCUCAGCGCCCAGGCGACCAUCACUCAUCAACGGAAUCCGUUUUUCGUGCCGACUGUCACAGCACCUUCGGUCGUCAGCCCGCCUCGCUUUCACAGCGCGGCCAGGACGGUAAUGCAACUGGUUGGUUCCCUGUACUUGCUUUAUUUCCCGUACUGCGGUCUCAUUCUUUGGGAAAUUUGCGACGUCGGUAAUAAACCGCAUCUCUACGAUCAUCCGAAACUUGCUUCAUUGGCCUCGCUGCUACUCGCUUGUUCCCCGCCUAUCAACGGUCUACUCUACGGCCUGAAAUCGCAAACACUGAGGCGAUCGGUUCAGAAUUAUUGGAGGAAGAAGGCGACCAAGUCGGAACUUCAACAAGAGAUCCAAGCGAGAACACCGAGCGCAGCAGGAUCGCGAAGACCGUCCGGAAGCGGAACUGGCUCAUUCUUUCCAUUCCCGCCAUUGCAGCGAAGGCUCAGCGAAGCUCUGCUGGCACUAGGCUCCUGCAGAACCGGAAACAGCUUCGACAGCAAUAAUCUCGGCUUUCAUCGAAGCAGGCUACAACCUGCCGCCUCGUGCAAUACACUUCGAGUACCUACUUCCGAAUCAGGGGAAAGCAGCAAAUUAGUUAGGUCUAGCGCGAGUGCAGCUAGCCUGAUGGGUCCCCAUUACAGAAGCGACUUUAUAGGAGCAGACGUGAACGCUGGCUGUUCCAUAGCGAUGAACGAAACACCGAGGAGGAGUCCGAGGAUCCUUAUAACGAGAGCUUACAGCGAGGACAGUCAAGAUGGAGGUAGUCCACUACUGAGGAAACCUAUUCUGGCCAAUGCUCUCCCGUGCGAUAAACGGAGAUGGCGGCAUUGCAGCACCGGAAGCGACAGCAGCACUGGAAGCAGCGAGGCGAGUGUAUGGACGACGGGCGUCGCUCAGAAACUCGCCAAGGCCAAUGCAAAAAGUACAUCGGACAUGUGGCCGGCAUCGAAGAGAUUCACGCGGGGAAAAAAUUUAGAAGAGGGAGCGCUUCUGGUUGGCGCCAGGCCGAGCAAUAACAGCGAGAGCAGCGAUACUACGGACACCACGGCUACCACAACCACCACCACCACCAUGCCCAGCAAGCUGACCGCCAUGGAAAACGGUGGCUGUCGGGAGAAGGAGAAGGAAAAGAUAAACGGCGGCAAGAAGGAGAGACAGCAGCAGAGCGAGAGCGAUAACAGUUGGAGCAGCGUCGACGAAGAGAUCGAGCCGAAGGAAAUGGCCGACAAGAGUAUAGACGAGGAUAAUUUCGAGGAGAAGAUCGAGGGGGAAUCGAACGCAGAAAAGUGCGAGCAAUUGAGGCGGAAAUCGAAAACGAUUCGCAAAUCGGACGUACCUCAGAAUUACAAGGAGGCCGCGCAACGAAGGCCACUUCUCACCUCGUCGUCUUAAGUUCCAUUCAAUCGAUCGUACCUUUCUCAUUGUUUCUGAUUUAUUUCUAUCGUUCCUCCCCCCUCUCCCCUCUCUCCCUAAACCGCUCACGGAAUGUUUGGAGGCGGCUCACUCGCAAUCAGUGAAACAAGAUCGCCGUACGAAAUUUUUUAUGGGAGCGCUGAACCCCCUUUCUGCAAGUCCCGGGAAGGGACUGUUAUUUUUUUAAAAUACACGUCGAUCGUCCGCGAACCGAAUUUGAGAAGAAUCGCGGAAAGGAAAGGAAAGCUAGUCAUGCCCCUGUCGUAUGCUCGAUAUCGUCCGCAAUGUGUCGACAUAUCCUGAAAUUAUAUUUUUAUACUUCCGCCCCACCCCCGACGAGCCGCGAGAGCUACGUUGACGAGGAAACCGCGGAUUUUUCGCGGCGACUGCAGCCAGAUAUCGAUACACGCUAAUUUCCUCGACGAGGAGAGGAGAACUCGUUCGUCCCGUGAGAAGUCCGAAGAAGAAAGUUCACGCGUGUGAGGAAGCUCGUUGUAAUAAUUUUCUUUGUCAGCUCGCGACGGAAGGAUCUCUCGGCGAUCGCUGGCUCGCCUCGAUCGAAGAAUUCUCGCUUUUGGCGACAAAAUGACCGUGACACCUGAGAAAGUUUUUCUCGCCACGAUAAGAAAGAAACUCGAUUAAAUAACUCGGCGAAAGAUCCCGAGAAUCGAUCCAACCGAUUUGGAAUCGUUGGCUGCUUCGGCGAAUAACAGUGUCUGGUGUCGAAAGGGCAAUAAUUUUCUCCCACCGCUUUUGCUGAUGUUCCUAAUUCACGGAUUCGUGAAAAAACAGAAGUGUAUUUAACAUACGACGAGAGUUGCUUCACCGUUUGCGGUGAAUGCGUUCGACGAAACGAUAUAGAUGAUAUAUUUAUCUAUGGAUAAACAAUUUCAUUUCGUUUCAUCAGGGAUAUUUGCACGCACUCAGAAGUUUGGAGCAUAGAGUUUCAAAGAUAAAACAAGAAAAAGAAAUAACGAACGUUUUAUUUGCGAUAUUACCAUUCUAAAGUAUUGAAAUUGAAACUUUGUGAUCUUAAGCGAUAAUAUUCUUCUUAUUUGUUUUUCAAAUUUACAAAAAAAAAAAAAAAGAAACAAAAGAACUUGCUCCAAACUUGUGGGCAACAGUAUAUGUACAUAUUUAAUCUUGUUGUUAAACAUAAAUAUUUCUGAUAGAAAGGAGUGAAAGUAUAUUGCUAAAAGUAUUAAAAGGUAUUCAGGUGAGAUGUAAAUAAGUAAUUUCUUUAAAGAGAUUACCAUUUUUGUUAAUUUUUCAACUCGUACAAUUGAAAAAAUAGUCCGAACGUUAUAAUUUGUACAAACGACACGAACACAUAAUUUGAAAUCGAUUUUCAGCUUUACAUCUACUUUUAUAAUUUUCACUACACCGGUGUUCAAUUUGUACCAGUUAACAACCAUAUUAACAUUAAGCGCGUUUCAAACGAUCGUACGCAAUGUUCGAAUGUUCUGCAAAUUGCUAUCGAAGAGACGUAUAUUUUAACAAUGAAAGGAAGAAAUCUUAUUGAAAAAAAGAAAUUCGACGAUGCAGAACGUCACUUGAAACGCGAAGGAGAGAAUAGGAGUGUGUUGAAGUUCGAACUUUAGGAGUCGUGCAUGGGAGUCUCAUCGAAAAAGUUUUAAUCACCGAAUUACGUAAAUCAGUUAACGAGUUGAUAGAUCACGUGGACGAGUAAUGAUACAAAGAUGAGUUAAAUAAAGAGUGACGAAACGAACACUUUUUACUAGCAAGUUUGUACAAUCGUGGCCAACCGCUGUGUCUACACAUAUGUGAUGAAUUUACUCGCAAUUAGGUGUAGCAACAGUCACCGAAAAGUUAACUGAUAUUAAUGUUGGUGAUUAUUGGAAUUGAUGUAGACGACAAAUUUUGUAGACGACGAGCGAACGGCGCGCGUGGAUGAGAGCGUGUACGAGUGCGUGGAUGCGUGUACAGUAUCGAGUUCAAACGUUCUAACUUUUAAGAAUCGUUGAUACGGAAAAAAUAUAAUUAUUUAUUGUUUUCUAAGCUGUGCAAGCGAAAAGUUGAGAAAAAAUUCAGAAGAGAAAGAUGUUCGAUUGACGAUUAAUUUGCAACAUAUCGAUGAAAUUUCUUUCGGGAAACUUUGGUCGUUUCUAUUAAAUGUUUAUAAAAUAUUUUUCCAGCAAAAAAUAAUAUUUUCCCUGUUUCGCGAGGAAAAUCUGACAACGUUGCAAGAGACGGGCGAUAAAUUUAUUUCUGAGAAUCUUCGUGACAAGGAAUCUAUUUAUACUAAAUUUUCUCAAUUUCAAGACUCGCGAUGGAUGCACCGUCAUGUUCCAGGUUUACGUAACGAGCCGAACCGAAUGGAUUUAUGUUGCUUUCGAAUUUGUCAAUUAGAACAUAACGAAGCUGGGAACUCGUCGUUUGUUGAUCUUGUUGAUAGAGCACAAGUAUUUUAUCAUUCCGGCGCGAAGAACUUUGUCGGGUACCGCGCGUUGACAUUAAUGUUAAUGGUAUUCGGAUAUCGCGAUCCAAAUGAUGUUUGAAUGUACGUCGUUAGUGCAAAAUAAAAUCGAAAAACGUUCUGAAAAAUA